AUGUUUUUAAUCACACAAGUCAAAAACAGUCACGACUACAGCUCCUACAAUGGACGAGAAGAAGAUAGCAAACCCAACUUCAGACCUAGGAAGCUCAAGUCACGCCAUAUGCAGUUUUAUGCUAUUGGAGGCACCAUUGGAACGGGUCUCUUCGUGGGUAUUGGUGGUGGCCUUGCUCAAGCGGGUCCGCUGUCUCUCCUAUUGGGCUAUAGCAUUACUAGCAUCUUCAUCUUCGCCAUGAUGCGAUGUCUUGGAGAGAUGACAACAUGGAUGCCACUCCCAGGAGCUACGCCGAGAUUCUGCUCACGUUUCGUUGAUGAAGCGUUGGGAUUCGCCGUUGGAUGGAACCAGUGGUAUAAUUGUGCAAUCACAGUCUGCGCAGAGAUAUCUGCUGCCGCUGCGGUUAUUCAGUUCUGGAACGAUACUAUUUCGCCUGCUGUCUGGAUCUCCAUCAUUCUCGUUCUCAUCUUUAUCUUCAAUCUCAUUGACGUUGGAAUCUUUGGCGAAGCUGAGUUCGUAUGCUCUUGCGUCAAGAUUGUGGCCCUGGUUGGCCUCCUCAUCCUCUCGCUGGUCAUAGACCUAGGAGGUGGUCCCACCCAUGAUAGACUUGGAUUUCGAUACUGGAAGAACCCUGGCGCUAUGAUAGAGUACAUUGCCAGUGGCGACACAGGACGUUUCCUUGGGCUCUUCAACGCCAUUGUCAAUGCAGGCUUCGCCUUUGCCGGUAUCGAAAUGGUUGCCGUUGCAGCAGGAGAAACAGAAAACCCCCGCUACAACAUCCCAAAGGCCAUCAACCGUCUCUUCUGGCGAAUCAUCUUCUUCUAUAUCCUCGGUACUUUGGCCAUCGGCGUCCUCGUUCCAUACACUGAUAAUCGACUCCUCAACGGCGGUGCCGGUGUUGCCAGCUCGCCUUGGGUCAUUGGAAUCUCGCGUGCCGGCAUCAAGGUGCUCCCCUCCAUCAUCAACGCCGUUGUUCUUCUUUCUGCUGCUUCGUCCGGCAAUGCACUGCUCUACAGUGGUAGUCGAUAUCUACUUGCCCUUGCUGAAGGUGGCCAGGCCCCAAAGUUCCUACUCAAAUGCACCAAGAGGGGAGUUCCGAUUUACUGCGUCCUCUGCACCGGGGCUCUUGCGCCUCUCACUUACAUGGCUGUCAGCUCUGAUAGUGCCCGGGUGUUCUCAUGGUUCGCCAACCUUGUUACGACCGCCGCUCUAUUCACGUGGUGCAGCAUCUGUAUCGCGUAUAUUGGUUUCGAUCGUGCUCUACACGCGCAGGGCAUCAACCAGAAGGAAGAGCUAGCUUUCAAGGGCUUCUUACAGCCUUACAUCUCUUAUAUCAGUCUCGUAUUCUUCAUCAUUGUCAUCAUCUUCAAUGGCUUUAGCGUCUUCAUUCACGGCCACUGGGAUACACAGAAGUUUGUUGUGUCCUAUGUUGGCAUGCCUAUUUUCUUUACACUAUUCUUGGGAUGGAAGUUCUUUAAGAAGACCAAGAUCCGCAACGCUGAAGAGAUUGAUCUUCAUACCGGACGCCAGUUGGAUGAGUCUACAGAGUAUGCAGAGAAGCCAAAGGGAAUGCUUGAUCGACUCUGGAAGUGGGCUGCAUGA